AUGGCGCUGCAGACAGCACACAGCGAAGAAGAAGCAGCAGCAGCAGCUGCUGCUGCAGCACCUGCUGCUGACUCUUCUCCUGCUGCUGCUUCUUCUGCUGCUGACGCCUCCGUUCAAGAGGAGGAGGAGCAGCAGCAGAGACAGUUAAUGCCAUUGGAGAGGCCUUUCUUUAGGGAUGUGUUGCCACAGCUGUCGCAGCAGCUUGUUGCUGCUGCUCGUUCUGCAGGCAUUGCUGUCUCCCUUGCGCAUGCAGCGUACUUGUUGCUGACACUCCCUCCUGCUGCUGCAGCAGCAGCAGCAGCAGCAACAGCAGCAGAGGAGGGCGUUGAGUUGUUCCGCUUUUCCUCAGCCGCAGCAAAACUACCGUCGCAGGAGGAAGCGGAGGCAGCAGUUGCUGCUGCUGUUUCACUGCUGCAGCAGCAGCGUAACGACCCUGCUGCUGCUGCUCUCUCAUUGCAAGUUAGCUUUGAGGCGCUGCUGCUGGACUUAGUUGCUGCUGAUGCGCUGCAGCAAACAAAGCAAACAAAGAGAGUGGAGGAAGCUGCCGCCUUGGUGCUGCAUGCAGAUCAUGCGAAGCUGAGGAGACCCGAAUUUGUGUGUUUGCUGCGGCAGCAUCUUUUAUCUUAUUGUAUUGUAUCUCUGCCAAUGGUUGCUGCUGUAGCUGUGAGCGAAGACGCAGCAGCAGCUGCUGCAGCGCGGGCCCCGCUGGAAUCUGCAGCAGCAGCAGCAGAAGAAGCAGCAGCAGCAGCAGAAGAAGUGCAGCAGCUUGUCGAGAAGGCCCUAGACUCCGUUCUCCCUAUCACUCGUCUCCCCUGUAUCUUUGCUCUGCCGCUGCAGCUGCGGAAGCAGCACCUCAAGGAGUUGCGCUGCAUUGUCCUUGCUGCUUUGCUGCUGCAGCAGCGCCGGGCAGCAGCAGCAGCAGCAGCAGCAGCGGAAGCAGCAGCAGCGGCCGACGCAGCAGCAGCACCACCAGCAAAGGCAGCUGUUCCACCAGCAGCAGAAACACCAACAGCAGCAACAGAUGCAACAACAGCAAAUGCAGCAGCAACAGUAGCAGCAGGAGCAGCAGCAGCAAGACCAGCAGCAGCAAAACUACCGACCACCGCGAAAUCAAGAGCAGCAGCAAAAGCGGCAGCAGCAAAAGCAGCAGCAGCAGCAGCUGCUGCUGCUGCUAUUGCUGAGAAGUUCGAUUGGCUCAUCCCACCCGAGGAGCUUGCUGCUGCAGUUGCUGCUGAGCUGCAGCACCAGCUGCUGCAGCAAGCAGUUACGGGGCAAGAUGCGCUGCAGCGGAUUCGCAACAUCUUCAGCAUCAGCAAAGCCCAAAGAGAAUCGAUUGGAGUUGAUAAGAAGCUUGCUGCUGUGAUCGCAGCAGAAAGUGUUUUUCAAGUACAGCAGAUUCGGUUUGUGCAGGCGCUGCUGGUGCAGCAACAGCAGCGGCACGAUGCAGCAGCAGCAGCAGCAGCAAUGUGCUUGGAGGAGCUUGCUGCAGUGGAGAGCUGCUUGCAGCAGCACCAAGGAGAAGCACCUCCGGACGAGGUGUAUAGACACCUGGCUGCUGCAGGUGCUGCUUAUCUUGGGGUGUACAAGGAGCAGCAAGCGCUGCUGCAGCUAACGUCUUUGCGGCUGCUGCUGCAGCAGCAUGCAGCAGCUCUGCUGUCCCCAGACACCACAAAGCUUGAUGCUGCUGCUCUGCGGCUGCGUAGACGAACUAAGCCAGAGCGGCAAGACGAGCCUAUAACCCGCAGCAGCAGCAGCAGCAACAGCAGCGGGCUUAAGAUACUCACUGCAGCAGAGCUGGAGCAGCAGCAGCAGCCAGCGGAACUUGGGGGUUAUUGCCUGCAGACGCUGCUGCAAGAAGGGGCCCUCAUCUCAGGAGACACGCAUACAGGGGCUGUUGAAGUGAAUGGGGAGAUUUAUCUCUUUAGCAGCCCGAGGCGGCUUCGAGAGUUCGUGGAGCAGCAGCAGCAGCUGCAGCAGCAGAAGCCACACGUGCAGCCAGAGGUGCUGCUGCAGCAGCAACUUGCUGCUGUUGUGCAGAAGAUGCCUGCCCUCAUCUUCGCCCUAGGAGUUGAGAAGCGCUUCCCUGAACCGGACCUAAAGGCUCUCUUAGUGUGGGCGUACCACCAGGAGCUGCAGGAGCUGCAGCAGCGCCUACAGCAGCAGCAGCAGCAGCAGAGCUGCGAGGGUUUCGACUGGGAGUUCCGGCCUGAGCUGUACGUACGGCUGAGCAGAGGGAAAGCAGCAGAUGCGGCACAAGACACAGAAGAUUUGCUGCAGCAGACAGCAGCAAUAAGCAACAGCUACAGCUACAACGAGUGGGAGUUGCGGAGGCAGGUGCUGCAGCAGGUGCAGCAGCAAAACCGCAGCAGCACAGGGAUGCAAACUUUGCUGUCUUCUUUCCGCACCGAUGCAGAGACACAGUUUGCUACCACUGCAGCAGCAGCAACAAACACGCCAAUUGCUGCUGCUGCUGCUGCUGGCCAGCGCAGCUCCCGUGCCUUCGCAGAGUUCAUAUUCGUGCAGCUGCAGCCAGGGAAGUGGCUGCUUCCGAGGCAGACUUUGGGCUCGAAGGAACAGCAAAAACGGCAGCAACAGGUGAUGCAACAACUGCAGCAGCGGGUGCAGCAACUACAGCUGCAGCAGCAACAGCAGCAGCAGCAACACAGCGCUUCUAAGGACAGGGUUCACUCAAAUAUCUCCCAUUCACUGCUUCGCUCUUUUGUCCCUGUCAUAUAG